CGACCAAAAGACACCGUCGACCCGGCUAAACAAGAUGGUGUAGUUCACAGGAUUCCCUGUGAAUGCGGCAAGGUGUACAUCAGAGAGACUGGAAGACCUAUGCAAGACAGAAUUAAGGAGCACGAUCGAGACAUUCGACUUGCCCGCACCGAGACCUCCGCCGUUUCAGAGUAUGCCCACAACACCGGACACAAGCCACUCUGGAACGAAGUAAAGUUUAUUGAUCGUGACCCUUAUUACUACACACACAGGGUCAAAGAGGCAAUUCAUAUAAGACUUUAUACUAACAACAUCAACAGGGAUAGUGGAAUAGAAAAUUCCAGAAGCGUGGAUGCCCACGAUCAAAAAACACAACUACAAGAGAGCCAUGCAACAGCGGACUGC